UAUUUGGAAUGUUAAUUGGUACAUCUUCACUAUUUUCCUUCACUCCUCUUCCUCAGUUCUUUUGACAAUCUACCAAUUUUAACGAAUAAUGCAGUCCUCAGUUUGCUGUUCCGAGUCGAGUUUAAUUCGCGUUUUUGUUUUUAUUUUUCAAUGAGCCAAUUUUUACAAUUUUAAUAAACAGAACUUUUCAUCAUGGAAUUGUUUGUCGCAUCAGUGGUGGUUUCAAUUUUUUGUCAAAUAGUUUUAAAUACUCAUGCAGUUGAGAUCUCAACGCGAAGCGGUGUCGUGAUUGGGUCCGAUCACCUUCGAAGUCGAAGCGGAGAAGUACUUUACAGUUUUACAGGUAUCCCUUACGCGCAACCACCGAUUGGAAGACUCAGAUUCAAAGUAUCUGAGCCGGUUAUACCAUGGCAAACACCAUUCAACGCUACGGAAAAGUGUCCCGUAUGUGCGCAGGUAAAACGGAUCGGAUCGACACCUGGAAAACUAGAAAUCAUUGGACAAGAGGACUGUCUCCGUCUCAAUAUAUACUCACCUGCACUUGAUGUAAAGAAAAAACUUCCUGUCAUGCUGUUCCUUCAUGGCGGUGCUUACAAGAUGUUCUCCCCUAUGGCCGAACCACAGUUUUUGCUGGAUGAGGGAAACGUGGUGCUUGUUGACCUCGCCUACAGGUUAGGUCCUUUAGGCUUCCUGACAACUGGUGAUGAGGUUAUACCCGGAAACUUAGGACUGAAGGAUCAACUGCAGGCGCUGAGGUGGUUACACGAAAAUGUAGAGUAUUUCGGAGGUGAUCCAAAUACUGUUACCGUCUUUGGUGAUAGUGCUGGAGGUGCUAGUACUCAUAUUCUCCUUCUUUCCCCUCUCUCCAAAGGAUUACUGCAUCGUGGUAUAUCUAUGAGUGGAACAGCCGCUUGUCCUUGGGCUAUGGUAUCUCGCGAAAGGGCUGCAGAUAGAGCAAAAGCUCUUGCUCUUUUAGCCGGGUGUCCUGCUGAGCCGUCAAAGGAACUUCUAAAAUGUCUACAAGCCUUACCCCUGAGAAGCAUUUUAGCGGUGGAAAAAAAAUUCGGGAAUGAAUACAUGUUGCCCAUCGCAUCAUUUGGACCAAUAAUUGAGGGACCAAAUGCUCAAAAUGCAUUAUUGUCGGAUGACCCCGGAAAAAUUGAAUCGGAGAUUCCCUGGAUCACUGGAAUAACUUUUGCCGAGCAUUUGGGUUAUACAGCAAAAUUUUAUGCAACAGUUAAGAAAAAUGGACUGAACUUGGAAGAGGAGCUCGAUGUAUUCCUGGAGAGGUGGCUUCUGGAGGGAUUUAAUAUUCCAAGAGAAAAAAUUUCCUCUGCAGCAUCACGGAUUAAAGAAUUUUAUUUUGGAAAUUUGCCUCUCAGCAGGAACACUCUGGAAAAAAUGGAUGACAUUAUCGGUGAUGGGUGGUUCCUGAUGGGUCUCAUUGACGCUGCAUCGGGGCACAAAGGAGCAACGUACCUUUAUUACUACGACUACUUGCAGCACAAUGUUUCUUUUGCUUCUGUGAUUGGACCUGGUUUAAGUAGAGAGUUGCGCGCAGGUCAUCAAGACGAUUUGUUGAGCAUUUUCCCAAUGACCUCCUUUUUCCCUGAUAGAUAUAUGACCGGAACGGACUUGCAAGUCUCGAGAAAAAUGGUGUAUCUUUGGACUCAUUUCGCCAAGUAUGGAAAUCUCUCUACAAAUACAAUGACUCAAUGGGAGCCGAUCGAGAAAAAUACUUCGGAAUAUAAGUACUUAUACAUUAAUGCAACAGACUUCACGCUGAAGAGUGAUUUAUUGGCGGAUAGAGUCAGCUUUUGGAGGUCUCUCAGAAACUUAUGAUGAACGCACAUCAGACUUUGCAAAAUUUAAUUAAAUUUCAUUUAACUGCUUAAAUAUAUAUGUUGUUGACUUCUAGGAA